GCUAUGCGUUACAUUGUUCCACUAGUGGAGAUUGAAUAAGCGCCCAAUUAAUCCUUCGGGUAGAUCGUUAUCGAUUGUUCAAAUGACCAGUAAUGGACAGAGUACUUUUAUUCAGUCGGCAUGUGCCAACAAUUCAUCGUGUAACCAUGUUGUAAUCAAGCUUGCCUCAGGCAUGUCAGGUGUGAAAAGCUUAAUAGAAUUGAUCAGCCAAAAUGACAAAGGCCCAGGGCCAGACAAUACCCGCCAGCACUAAAUGGUUCCGAUGCUUGUCCGAAAUUACAUGAAUGUAUCACGUGACCCGAACACGAGGUAAUUUAUACAACUUGGAGGCCCUCACAUUCAUAGCUCAUUUUCACUCUGGGGUUCAUUCCGCGAGAUGCAGUCCUCAGGCUCGGAUCGUACUGCUUCGGCCCACCCCUCUACACCGGCGGUAUGGUUGAAGGAGGGACACUCCCUACGUGGCAGAGACAUGUUCCCGGUCGCCGCGCGCUUAGUUCAUCCGGACGAGGUGGAUCCAGAGAAUUUCGCCAGUCUGUCAAGAAGAUACCCUCUUACAUCGUAUUCUUUCGACGACCUGGGCAGUGAAUUCAAAAAGCUUACUGGGUAUGACAUUACGGCGGUCCUGGGCAUGGCACAGAUGGAUGACAGCAUUUGCAACCGAAGCCUAACAGUCCACCAUGCAGUGCUACAGGCAAACUUGACAGGAGCCCCUGCGGGCCAAACCCUUCAGGCAUGUCAGGCUAAGGAGAAAGGCCAGAAGAGGAAAGCCCCAGAAGCCGCUGCAGGGGCACCCCCCAACGUGGAGCAGGGAGCUGACAAUAACAAUGUCCCGGCGCCUCACGCUGAUAAUGAGGAUCCAGCAGUACGUCUAAAACUCCUAGAAGGGGAGGUCAAGCGCAUAAGACAGACGCAAGAAGGCACAUCAGUCCAAACAGCCCUCUCUCAGUCGAGGUUCCAACCCGACAGAUGGGAACUCAACACCGGAUUCGAUCCUCUAAAAGCUACUUCCGAACGUAGGUCACCAAGGCGGACCGAGUGUCGGGGUUCGGUGCCCUCUCUCUCUUCGCCCACUGUGCUGUUACUAAAAGUUUGGGAUGUCAAAGGUCAAAAACUGGCAAGACUGUCUUGACUCACUCUCCCUAAGAGACCCUAAUUCGUUCGUAGCGGGGCAGCUACACACAGAAAAGCAAAACUGGUCCAUACUGCUCGAUCAGGUUAAUGAUAAAGAUUCUAAGUUGGUGGAAAAGUGGAUUUUCAACGAAGUUAAAAUAGUGGAUUUCUUUCAACCUUUAAAGGGUUACUUCAAAGGGGAAUUCUAUUUUCCUGGCGGCAUGUGAUUCCCAGGGUAAAACUCUGGUUCAUCACGUUGACUGUGAAUUUAUGACAGACCUGAAACCUCUUUGCGCAUGCCCUCUACGUUUGGCUUAUAACACAGUUGUAAGUAAAAUCUCCCAGAUGAAAUCCAUCUUCAUAGCUUUGGGUAGAUGCCGCCCCUGGGGUCAGAUCCUUGGUAACCCGGCUAUCUCCGAGGAUAUAUCCAUUUAUCAGAAACAAGUCAAAGUGGAACAGAGCAAGGCUCAUGUGACCUCCAAACAGGCCAAACCCAUUUUCAUAUCGAAGCUAAGGUUGUUGGCGCUCUACUUAGAGCGUCACUUGGAAUCAGAAUCGGAAUCUUCCGAAUCAUUUAUCUUUGCUAGAGACCAGGCCCUAUUCAAGCUUUUAUUUUUUGGGGGCGACCGGUCCCACGAUCUUGGACUGAUGCUCUGUCAAGAACUGAAGGAACUCCCAAACCAUGAGGGCUUCCUUAUCAGGCACACCUGGGGUAAAACAGCCAGAAUUGAUAGGCCCAAGGUUUUCUCGGUUCUAAGGUGUCAGGACAAAUCUUUAUGCCCAGUGGAGGCUAUAGAAAGGUAUUUUUCUGUGGCAAAGUCCAUUGGUAUCAAUCUUGGGUGUGGUUUCCUGUUCCGUCCAGUGUGGAAAGGCCAAGUGUUAAACAAGCCACUCUCAUACGAAGCGAUAUACGCUAGACUUAAAUUCUACGUGCGCUCCCUUGGUAUUGACGAGGGGGAAACCCCUCACAGCUUCAGAGGAGGUUGCGCAAUAUCUCUUCACGCAGCCACAGGUGAUGGGAGGGACCUAGGCGCCGUGAUGCAACAUAUUGGCUGGACUUCAGAGGCAUCAGCUAAGCAUUAUACCAGGGCAGAUUGCUCUAACCAGACCCGUUUGAAUGCCAGGCUUAUGCACAAUCUAAAUAUUGUUUCUCAGGCUGAACAGGAUUUUGUCAAUGAGAGAAGUCUACCAAAUGCCUUACCACGUUUGUAAUUUCUCGAGUAUAGGCCUGGGUAUCCGGUGUCAUGCAGUUAUACAGGCUACCCACAGUCGAGAUUAAUACGGUCUCUGGAGCAGUAAUUGCAUGCAGACUUCCUAGGCAGUC